CUAUGUUCCUUUACCCAUGGUUUCCCCGAUAAGAUUUUUAAUGAGGCGGUCCAAGACAGCGUAAUGCGAUCAAUACGUACUCUUUUUUUCUUUGGUAGGAUUUUUAUCCCAUUGGAUUUUUUCUAAUAAGGUUUUGACGAGAUAUGCUUUCAUCUGAUGGUUAUCCAAUGGGAGUAUUAUAUAAAUAUUUAUUGUAUGUGAAUGACCAUUGAUUGAAAUCCUUUUGCUUAAUAUUUGAAUUGUUCUUUAUGCCUCAUUAUCUCCACCCUUCUCUUGUAUGAGCACUUCUACAAUGUUUUAAAGUAUCUGUGCUAUUAAAAUUGUACCAUAACGUUAAAAGUACAACUCAAAGUUAUAUUAUAAGGGAAUUUGACCUUUAUGUUUGUAUCAUAAAUAGAUUUUACAAAAGAGUAUAGGUACAACCCGAAGUUGUAUCAUAACGUUAAUGCUACAAUUUCAAGUUGUACCACAAAGACAAAAACUAAAAUACCAAUACUGUAAAAUUCCUCCUUUUUGUAAUAUGUCCUCUUCCUCGUUAUUUUCACAACAUUAAUCCAUAAAAUGAGGAUUUUGCCCGACUAGAGGAGACAAGACAGACAAUUAAUUGCCUAGUUUCCAUUCUCUCAAUUUCUUGUGUUUUUCAUUCGAGUUUCUAGUUGUCUGCUCUGUUACGGCAACGGGAAAUUGCACUAGCCAUGCAGGCUAGGAAGACCAAACAGACGCUAGCUUAGUAGCUUUGCAUGGAAAUCUCAGACUUAAUUAGAUUAAGAAUCCAACUGUGACAUUAAUUACUAGUUGAUGAGCAGGGAUGCAAGUCCACCAGGUGGCAAUGCAAACUUCCAUUCUCACACUGAUAUGUCAAACUGAAAGUAGAAAGGGAGAGAAGAAGGAGAUAACGUUCCAAAUGGCCUGAUGAACAGAAUCACAGAGCUUCUUCAGCCAUGAUUGAGACGACAGAGCCAUUGCUGCAUUUUUCACUUCCCUGAUCCAUUGCUGCUUCUGAAGCUAGCUAUCCAAUCCAGGAACUUGGAUAACAUUGUCGCUUUGAUUUGGCCUCUCCUUGGAGGUAACCUGCAGGCUCUUCUCCUCUUGUGGGUUUCAGCUGCUAUCUGGGGAAUGAAGGUACGGGCCAUUGCAAUUUACAAAAGGCGUGGCAAAUAAAAAUGACGACUCUGCUUUUCUCUGUUCUCUUCUCUAUCAAAGUAUGCAUAUACAGAAAAUGUGGGAUGCUGAUUGCUGAGGGAGGUAGGGAGGUUUUAUUUAUACACAACAAGGUGUGGCAAAUAAAAAUGAUGACUCUGCUUUUCUCUGUUCUCUUCUCUCUCUCUCAAAGUAUGCUUAUACAGAAAAUGUAGGAUGCAGAAAGAUUAAAAGGAAACAGAGUGACCUAAUAGCUUUUUGGGUUUGGUUGUUUCUCUUGAUGACAGUGAUGGAUGUGGACCAAUUCCAGAUGAUGGAGGAAAAGAACAUGAUAAUGAACUCAUUAUGCGUAAAGAAGUGGUCGAAUACCAUACAUGAAUUCCAACGUCCAACAAUUCGAGUUAUUACAUGUUGGUUUAUGACAUGGUAUCAGAACUGAUAUGUUCUCGAGGUCAUUAUCAAUUAACUAUUAUCUUUAAAACCCAGAGUAUUUUGGCAUACACGUCUUGAAGCUAAACACUCUACAGAUUGCUAAUAGACUUCUUCAUAUUCAACAUAUUUCAGGCCUAGAAUAAGAAAAGUCUGACUUAUCAUAUUGUUUGAAACCAUCGUCCUGUCUUGCACGUCUGUUUUCACCGUGUUGUACGUUUAAAUAAUGAGAUGGAGCUACACCUCAGGAACCAGAAAAAACAGAGACAAGAACAGAGAGUUGUAAGUCAUAGCUUGGAUUUGGUAAGCCAGAACAAACAAGAGAGCUACAAAGAAUAUUUUCUUUUUGGAAGUCAAGGUCUACCCGCAUGCUUGCACUACAGUCUGCCUCGCAAAACAAUCUCAUCAACUAUGUUACCUGCAUCAAACAACCAACUAUUCUUUGAUCGAGUUUGUCCCUCAGUGAGAUCGACUUAAGGAUCUUUCUGUGCCCUCCACAGCAGACAUACUUCACGUGUUUCCACGAAAGUUUGACAAUUGAGGUAGUAGUGGUGCUCUUUCUAUAAUGGUGUUCCAGACUUCCAGUUAAACGAGACCUUCGACCAAGAAGGCAAGAGCAAGAACAUGUUCUUUCUUCCCCCUCUCAAAUGGCAGGCAUGAUAUGUAGAACGAAAUCAGUGAUGCUAAAUCCCUGCAGAUUUGGGGAGUGGAGAGUGGUGCAUAACUUUGUGAUGCACAACUAUGAAUAAUCUACUAUCUCGGUGCCGCUUCUCUUAUGGUGUGAGUGGAAUUUUUUUUUUUCACAGAUAAAUCAGAAAAAUUGUGCUACUCAAAAUGAUGUUCACUUUAAUAUAUUUUUGGAAUAAAAUUUUUUGAGGCAUUUAGUAUCAGUCUAUAUAAUGGUAGUAUUGUUUGAUAUUAGAUAAGAGCAUACCAUUAUUAUUAGAUAUAUUAAUUCGCAAGUUUUGGUUUAAGGGGUCUGGGCAUAUGCGGGCGGGUCUACCGCAAGUUUGGUGAGCCCCCGGCCCUUUCUUAGUUUCUUUCCCUUUUGUCGUUCGCCUGGCGAUUGGGCAAGUUUCAUCCUUUUCCUCUUGCCCUCCGUCGAAUCCCUGGAGAUAGAUCAAGAUGGAGCUAGACGAGAAUUGAAGAGCCAACACCAAACUUCUAAUUGACAAUCAGAUGAGGUGGAUUCCGAUCGAGUUCUGUGACUUCCAUGGCGGCUGGCGAAGUUGGGUUCGGAGAUGGAUCGUGUUUCCCCCUCUCCUAGCAAACUCUAAUCAACCAGUUCUCCCCUGCGUUGAUGGGCUGGCGGCUGGCCGAGUUUCCACCGGAACCAUCACUUUCUUCCAUCGUUUGUUUGUUCUUUCUGCUUCGUCGAUAUGGCAGCUGGCCCAGUUGUAACAUGACUGCGAAGCUCCAUCUCCAUGGGAAAUCCAAAUCGACAUUGGGCAUCCGCAACACCGAUACUGUCUUUAUUCCUAUCAAAGAAACAACCCUUGAAAUCAAAAUCGACGAAGACGGACGUCCGCUGCAUCGAAACCAAGCUUGGAGGCGAAAGAGGUGAGGUCUACCGUCGAUUUUGAAUCUCCAUAUCCGAGAGUUUAGAGAAGAUGGAUACAACUCCAAGGACAACAAUGAUGAUUAGCCAAUUUAGUGAUUUUCCUCCCUACAACUACAAUAGCUCCCUGCCAUCCAAUUUCCUUAAAUUUCUUUAGAACCCAUUCCACUCCCCACCUUGAUCAAAACUCUUCCCGGAAAUCAGAACCCAAUCCAAAUUUCAACUCUGCCACUUCUCUAGCCAAAACAUUCAGCAAGGUCUCCUGCUCAGCAAUUUCGUGGCUUGAGAAUCGGGAUAUCUCUGCAAUUGAGGUUUUAGCUUUUGUGGAUGAUAAGCUAGCCAAAUUUUUUAUUUCUAUCAUUUUCCCUUUUUCAUUAUCCACAUUUGCAUGAGUAACAGGUGUUUACUUCAAAGUGAAAUAAUGCCACUUGCACACUCUUAUGACUUCACUUCACCAAGAUCAUCAUUAAAGUAAACUUUUCUUUUAUAACCUCUUUUUUUUUUGGGGUAAGUUUUUCUUUAGAUUAUAAUUAAUUUGAGGUCUUAUCAAUUCUCAUCCAAGUUCUUGAGUUCCACUCCAUACAUACUUUACACAUUCGAAUAGGUCCAUGUAAUUUUAGUUAUUUUCUUGGGUUACUUAAAUUUGGUAUUUGUAGGCAUUGAUAAGAAAUAAUAGUACAAAAAUUCAUGACAAUAAAAAAUUAGUAUAGUUGAAUUUUUCCCCCGUAAUAGUAUACUUGAUAUUGUUACGGUGUUAGAUAUAAAUUUAUUGUACAUUUAGUUAUAUUAAUUUUUAUUCAAAUUAAUUGUCCAAAUUAAUAAUUUGGAAGGUUUACAAAUGACCAUAUCAGUAUUUGGACUCAAGAGCAUUAAUUAUGCAUGGUGGUGAUAAUUAAAUUAUGGCUACCUAUGUAGGCAAAAGAAAUAUGAAGUUACCUUAAAACGUGAAAAAAAAAAACAUUUGUAACAUAUCAUAAGUUAUGGGAAUCACAUACCAGUUAUACUUCCAUUGGACUAUGUGAAUAACCUAAUUGUUCAUUAAAAUCUAUAAGAACAUAUUAUAUUUGAUCAGAUGGGUUCAUUUGGCUUGCUUUUUUCUUUGUUUUAAAGAGAAUACAUGAUAUCAAAACAAGAAUAAAAUAUAUGAAUGAACAAUUCAAACGAAAUCAAUUUAUAUCCAAUAAAAAUUAUCGAAUUAAAUUUAAUUUGAUAUAAAAGUAAUUGUUUAGAUUACCCGCAGCAAAGCGCGGGCCAAUUAUCUAGUGUAGUAUAAAAGGGUAUCGUGGUGGGAUGAACAUACCAACUAUAGAAUAAUUGAAUACAUGAUAGUAAUGUUCACUAUUUCAAUAUAUGAUUUAGGUCAUUUUCUUGAUAAUCCCCCCAUCGGAGAAUCUCUGUCACAUCAUUCAGAGGCCUGAGCUAUGGCAGUACGAUUAUAACAUUCCUUUCAAAAUUUCCUCGUAUCACUGACCAUCGUCCAUCAUCUACUUACUUUGUUCGUGUGAAUCUUCUUCAGACUUGGCUUUGUGUUUUCCACUAUGUUCUUACCAUAGUGUUCCUUCCUCAUUUUGAAGAUCUAGAUAGAGUACUCCCUUUAGUCUAUGGUCCUGGCUUAUGCCACUACCAAUGUACCGCUCAACUUCUCACACCUUCUGUUAGGCACUUUUCUGAUUUUUCGAGAUGCCACUUUUUUUGGACCCUUAUUGUUUGACAGUUUUCUCGUCUCCUACUUUGUCGUGACAUUUUUUGUCUGCCUUUCGCACUAUUGAACCUUCUCUCUUCUUUUCUUGGAUAAAAUCAUCCAAGAACU